AUGGGCAACGUCACGUCACAAUACGUGGAAGCCGGCCUGGAUCGAAUGGCGAGUUACUGGACGAAGCCGAAACGCAUUCUCCUUCUGGGCCUCGACGGUGCUGGCAAGACGACGCUCCUGUACAAGAUGAAGCUCGGGAACAUCGAGGCGAUCUCAACGAUCAGCUUAAACGUUGAGACCAUUAAGUACGAGAAGACUGAGUUCACAAUCUGGGACUUCAGCGGCCGACAAAGGCAACGCCCUCUCUGGGGCUUCUACUCGAAGAACACGGAUGCGGUGAUCUAUGUGAUCGAUUCGGCUGAUCGCGGCCGGAUCGACGAAGCGGUCCACGAGCUGCACCGUGUCUUCGACGAGGACGCGCUGCGCGAUUGCAAGCUGCUGGUACUGGCCAACAAGCAGGACCAGCCGGACUGCAUGAGCGUCGAGGAGCUUCACGAGAAGUUGGCAUUGCAUCGCGUGAUCAGAAAUUCUACCCACAUCACGAGAACAGUGGCUACGUCUGGGCAAGGCAUCGACGAAGGCAUGAUGUGGCUGAGCAGGGCCGUCACCAACAAGUAG